GACAGCCACAUGCACACGGGACGAUACCAGGAGGGUAAUGAGAUGAGCAUUUGGAGGCUUGUACAUAGUGUGGGGGAGUCUUCCUGGUCUGGAGACGUACAUAACGUACUUUACGUGUAUGUACUAUGUCAGAUAUCGCAAGUACUGUAGGGAUUAGUUGCCUACCUAGGUAAUCGUGGUGGCUUGACGGAUGUAAUACUUAUUACUCUUCCUCCCUUUCCAAUCUCGUUUAUCUUGGAAGUGAAUAUAUAUCCGUUUCUACUUCCCACGUUGAAGUUGAAGUUGAAGUUGGGGUUAGCAUCGCAUACUCAAGGUUCAAAAACCUAGAGUUUCGACGUAUAGUUAACUAAUGCUUAAUACUACAACUUAAUACGACACCUUACUGCUUACCUAGGUACCCGUCCCGGCUGGGUUUGCGCGUCAUACAUGUGAGAAAUCGACACACGUGCGUUUAGUUACCAUUACUCGACAAUUACCUAAACGCAGCGGAACCCCUUCGACCAUUUAAUCCAGGGUCUGCUGGAUUGGUCGUCGCGAUGGCCAGGCUUUAUAAUUCGAGGAUUGAUAGUUGGAUGGACAAGGCCGCUGUAGAUAACGAAGAUGGUCUCACAGUCGCCCAGUUGAUGUUAACAAAUCAUGAUCUUAAACCUGUUGAGCCCGAGCGUCGCCAAUGGGGAGCGUGGAACUUCGUUGGCUUUUGGGUUGCCGAUUCCUUCAACAUCAACACGUGGAUGAUUAGCUCGUCCAUGAUCGUGGGCGGACUCUCGUGGUGGCAGUCAUGGCUCUGCGUAUGGAUUGGAUACGCAAUCGCUGGAUGCUUCAUCUGCAUGACCGGUCGCAUCGGAGCUAUGUACCAUAUCGGCUUCCCGGUUGUGAACCGAUCGAGUUUUGGAAUAUGGGGCUGCCUCUGGCCCGUAUUUAAUCGUGCUGCCAUGGCGUGUAUUUGGUACGGUGUGCAGUCGUAUAUUGGUGGACACUGCGUAUAUCUCAUGAUUCGAUCUAUCUGGCUUAGUUGGGACCGCAAAACUAUCCCGAACUCGUUCUCGGAGGACUCGGGGACUACAACCGCCGAUUAUGUCUCCUUUUUCCUCUUCUGGCUCCUGUCGCUACCGGCAAUCUGGUUCCCCGUGCAUCAAAUUCGACAUCUUUUCACCGUCAAAGCUUACUUCGUUCCUUGUGCCGGCAUCGCUUUCCUGAUAUGGGCACUUGUUCGCGCCGGGGGCCCGGGUCCUAUUGUUCGACAACGAGCAAAGAUAGAAGGUAGCGACCUUGCAUGGCAGUUUAUCAAGGGUGUUAUGAGUUCGAUUGCCAACUUCGCAACACUCAUUGUAAAUGACCCUGACUUCUCUCGCUUCUCCACUAAGCCCCGUGAUGCUCUUUGGUCGCAGCUUUUUACUAUCCCUAUUGGUUUCGCCUUCACCUCCUUGAUCGGCAUAUUGGUCUCAUCUAGCUCGGUCAUCAUCUACCCUGGGAGCGAGCCGAUCUGGGACCCCCUUGACCUACUGGAGAGAUUUGUCGACGAUGGCAGUUCCGGCCAACGUUUCGGCGUCUUCGUUAUCUCUUUCGCUUUUGCCUUGGCUCAGUUGGGUACCAAUAUCGCAGCGAAUUCAGUUUCAGCGGGAACUGAUAUGACGGCACUACUUCCGCGGUUCAUCAACAUUCGCCGUGGUGGCUAUAUCUGUGCUGUUGUUGGCUUAGCCAUGUGCCCCUACAACUUGCUCACAUCGAGUAAUCAGUUCACGACCUAUCUUUCAUCUUAUUCGGUCUUUCUUAGCUCAAUAGCGGGCGUUAUGUGUAGCGAUUACUACUUGGUCCGAAGAGGCUAUCUCGAAAUCAGGGAACUUUACGACGCUCGCAAGACAGGACCGUACUACUUUACUUAUGGCUUUCAUUGGAGAGCUUAUGCUGCAUAUAUCAGUGGCAUUCUCAUCAACGUGGUUGGAUUCGCCGGGGCGGUGAAUGGCGGCAACGUUCCUAUGGGAGCAACUUACAUCUAUAAUUUCAACUUCUUCUGUGGAUUUAUUAUUUCUGGGGGGAUGUACUGGGCUUUAUGCAAGGUGUUCCCCGUACCAGCCUGCAGCAAUACAUGGAUGGAAGUGGGUGACCAGAUUGAUGAGGUCAGACUUGCCUACGACCACAGUAGUAGUCAACAAGAAGAGUUUGAUGAGGAGGCAGAUAUUGGUAACAAGUACGACAAGAAUCAUCAAAAAACGGUAUGAUAGGGUUAUCGGGGAGGGUUAUCGGGGAGGGUUAUGAAGCUUUGAUUUUUUGGACAUAAAAGGGAUUGGUAGUUAGCAAUAUCACAGCGGUCAUCUACGGAUACCGCUUCAGGGGAAAUAAAUUACUUACCCCUCUGGAAAAGUUUGCACAUAAUAUUUCGGCCUUCACAUCCGUCGGAACCAUAUCCAGAUAAUUCACACGGUCCCAAGUUUCCUGUACGUGAGGUUAGUUAUUACAUUACAUGUAUCUGUGCAGGUGGU